AUGGAUGACCAGAGUUUACCUUUGGAAGUUUCUCAAGAGAAUGACUUUGGACCUUUGGUACCAAAACUCGAGAAUGAAGACGUUGGACAAGAACAGCCUAUUGUAUCUGCUAAAGGAUAUACAGAAGAUGACCCCUUAGACAAAGUUGAGUCUACCAGUGACCCUAAUGAACACGCAUCAGCUCAUACCGAUGUUGUGUCUAAAGACACCAAAUCUGAGGGAGAGAAUAAUGACUCUAUGGACCAAAAUGAUGAUCCAUUCUCUGCUACAUCUACACCUGCUUUAGAUUUUACAACCUCUGAAGAACCUUAA